AUAAAAUUUAUUUCGAUAUUUCGUCUUGCCAUUCACACGUAAAUAUAUCGUAUCAUACGUAUACAAUCAUUUUCUUAACCCAUGUAUCUUACAAGGUAUCUUUCCGCGAUAUAUCUGACUCAGCAUCACACGUACGAAAAACAAUGCAAUGAAGGGAAGUUACUCUACGUGAUCUUGGACAAUGAAUGGGGAACGGUGUUUGGAAGGAUUGUCAGGCUUCAUUUAUCCAUCAGCAGAGUAUAUGAGAGACAGUUCCAAUGUGUCGUCGUCGUCACCGCAGUGUGCACCAUGCUUCUUCCCCCACCACUGCCUGGCGAACAACACUUGUCUCCUGGGCACAACAGGACUUGGCUGUGAAGUGUGCUUCCAUGCAGGGACAGACCAAGGUUAUCAACUGGUUGGAAACACAUGUUUUGUCUGCAGCCUGACUCCUCUAGCUGCAAUAGCUACAGGCAUCUACAUUCUCCUCAUCAUACUUUGUGUGGCUGUCAGUGGACUUUCAGCAGCGGCAGUUACAAAGCUGAAGAUAUUGAUAAACUUUGUGCAACUAGUUUACCUGUCCUUCUUUGUGAAAGUACAGUGGCCGUCAUUCAUGCCUCAUCUAGCUGCUCUUCUGUCUUUCUCCACCUUCACCUCAGACAUUGUCAUGACAGAGUGCCUUUUGCCUGGUGUGAAGCUGUCUAGUUACCUGCGAUGGGUCACUGCUAUGGCUAUCCCUAGUGCCAUUGUCUCUUUUGGUAGUUGCGUGGACCGGGGAUUGGACACCAAGGUAAAGACUGCCAAGCAUGAGUCUGCGCGAGUGGUGGUGGAGAGGCGCCGGGCUGGACUGCGCUACUUCCUCUUCCUCAUCGUCCUCUCCUACUACAUGCCAGUAGCUCUCAGUGCUAUCCAGAGUUUCUCCUGCACACAAACGUUUGGACAGAAUAUGGUGCUGGACACAGGCCUGUUUCCAGACAAUGUGUUCCUGUAUGACCACACCGUCUCCUGUGAUGACUUCGUAUUCCAGACCCUCAACUUUCUGUUGACGCUGUUACUGCUGGUGUACAUUGUACUGCUGCCUCUCCUGCUCAUAUUCUUCACACUUCGACAAAGGAAGUGGGGGCUCCUGGACUGCAAGUCAGCGAGAUAUGGGUUUGUGUAUGACUCGUACAACAACCGCUGCUGUUUCUGGGACUCUCUGGUGAUGGUGAGAAAAGUUGUCAGCAUUGCAGUCACAAACACCAUGCUUACGAAUCCCCUUCAACAAUCCAUUGUUCUGCUGUCAAUCUCAGGCCUCUACUUAUUGUUGCUGCUAGCUGCUCGCCCAUACAGAAAAUGUACAUGGAAGAGGCUGCCAUUGAAUAUCCAUCUGAUGCUGGAGGUGGUGUGUACUGUGAGCCUAUGCAUGGUGCAGGCAGGGGGUCUGCUCCUGUCUCUGCACCUCUACCCCGCUCUGCUGAGCUACCUGCUGAUGGGGCUGGUACUGUUGGCACUGGUCCUGUGGCUGGGAUGUGCAGCAGCAGGGAGAGGAGAGAACAUGGGGAGGCAGGUUGUCUUUGAUGAUGAAGUUGAACUGACAGAGUCCAGGCAAACAAGUUUACCAAACCAGAGAAUAAAGAGGAACCAGGUUGGAGAGUAUGUCACAUCGCAUGAGGUAGAACGCAGAGUGGCACAGGUGGAGUUCUGAUCAGUCUGUCCUUAUCUCCGAAGUUCUCUUCAAACUUGUUAUAGAGUGUUUUUGAAUUAUAUUCCGAAUAAAAAUUUGGCAACUA